UAUUUAUUUUUUAUUUUCCAGUAUUUGUCUCAUGACCCUCCAAAUAAAUUUCUGAAACCCAUGUUCUUUGUUCCUCACAGAUCAAAAUUGCCCUUCUUUUUCUCUUCUCUUCUCAAGUCCCCAAAAGAUGAGAGCUUGAUUUCAGUACGUCGCAUUCAUAUCUCCCCCUUUUUGCUGUGUUUUCUUAUCACACAAGUCCUCUAUUAUAUAUUUAUAUAUUAUUCUCGCUGUAUAAUCUUGCCUUUUAAGUACACCCUCUUUCUACUCCAAACCUCUCUUUUUUUCUCUUCUCUUCUGAAAACUCUCUCUCAAGGAGAGAAGGAUUUCUGAUUUCGAUUCGAGAGGAAUAUUUAUCGAUGCGUCGGGAUUCGGCAGGGAUUUAGGGGAGAAGAAGAUGAAGAGAGAAACAGAAGUUUUAUGCAGUGGUAAUAACUAUAGGCAUAUUUUGAGCAGUAAUGGAGGAAGGCUGAAUACAAUAACGCCAUGCGCAGCUUGUAAGCUUCUGAGAAGAAGGUGUGCUCAAGAAUGUCCAUUUUCUCCAUAUUUCUCUCCACAUGAACCCCACAAAUUUGCUUCUGUCCACAAGGUUUUUGGUGCCAGCAAUGUCGCUAAGAUGCUCAUGGAGGUACCAGAGAGUCAAAGAGCCGACGCGGCAAACAGCCUGGUUUAUGAAGCCAAUCUGAGGCUGAGAGAUCCAGUCUACGGCUGCAUGGGCGCCAUUUCAGCUCUUCAGCACCAACUCCAAACUUUACAAGCUGACCUCAAUUCGAUAAGAUCUGAGAUUUUGAAGUACAAGUAUAGAGAUGCUAUUAUUCCCUCUUCUUCUUCCUCUCCACACAUCGCUUUGAUUUCGGGCGCCGCCGGAGUCGUCGUUUCCACCACCGCAACCCCGCCUGCAGCACCCCCGACUCCCCCACAUUCUCAGCCGCCUCCACUUUCUCUUCCGCCGCCUCCUCCGUCCUCCUCCGCGAUCUAUUCCUCGCCAAUCAGUAGUGCUGCCCCUGAAUUUAACACCAUCUCGGCUGAACAUAUUUCCUACUUUGCUUGAACUUGCAACUCGAACACCUGCUUAAUUACCUAUAGACAAAGUUUUUGUGGGUUUGGUAGAAAUUCAAAUCUCUAAUCUUUUGAGGAGAGGCGUCUAUUAAUAAGUAAUACUCGGAUCAGGUUGGCAGAAAAAA